GCACUAUUGUAUUCAUACACACAAAAUUCACUCUCUAUUAUUGCUUACACAAUCCAAGAGUGAUUCAUAUAUUGUUAUUAUUAUUAUUAUUAUUAUUAUUAUUAUUAUUAUUAUUAUUAUUUAAUUAUUCGAGUCUUGCACGAUCCCUUAUCAUUUUUUCUACUCUUUGUAUAAUUAUAUUUAGAGUAGUAGUUUUUUGGUUAAAACAAUUUGGCGCCAUCUGUGGGAAAUCGUGCAAGAAAUUUAUUCUCCAUGGAAGGAACGAGCAACGAGAUGAUGGCCAAGUUUCAUAAGUAAUUGGAGGCGAUGAAGGAAGAAAUCCGGUGUGAAAUAGCUCAGCGGAUUGCUUUUAUCCAACAAGAAAAUGACGUGUUGCGCUCUCAAGUGCAAUCGAUGGCGUCCAUAGCUUCCAACUCAAGAUUUAGCCGAAGAAGUGAUGCCAUGACAGCAGCUACGAGGCUGGAAUUUGACCCCAUUCCAUUCUCGACCGAACCUUUUAUCCGUCAUUCAGCAGCCGACGCACCUGGAGAUCCGGGGCCCUCAAACCGAUCUGUUCCUCUCCAGAUUUCCAGCAGGAACAUGUUUCACAGUCUAUUUCCGGAACCGCAGAGACGACGAGUUCCAGACCGUGUCGACAUCCCUCGACAUGUCGACAUCCCUCGACACGUCGACAUCCCUCUACAUGUCGACAUCAACAACCAGAGACAACAAGAGCCUGAAGUCAUCGUCAUAUCCUCACCAACCAGGCAUGAUGUGACCCGAGUGACGACGCCACCAAUCUCGACGACAAGACAGAUGCAAGCAUAUCCGACAGACCCCUUAUCCGUCAUCAUGGACGAGCUGAGGGAAAUGCGAGAGAAGAUCAAUGGUAUACCCGGAGUGCCACCUCCAUUGGACGUCGCUUCACAGACAUGCUACGCAGAUUCCCCUUUCGGACGACACAUCACAUGCGUUGAAAUUCCAAGGAAGUUUGCUGCCCCCUCGAUGAGAUUAUUCGAUGGAACUACUGACCCCCUGGAACACGUCGCUCAAUACAAGUAGCAGAUGCUUGCCACCUCGGUCAGACCAGAGCAGCGGGAGGCUUGUAUGUGCAGGGAAUUUGGGACAACAUUGACAGGGUCAGCGCUGACGUGGUUCGUCAAUCUGUCGAAUGAAGGUGUCAGCUCAUUUGUGGAGUUAGUCAACCUCUUCAACCAGCAAUUUGCAAGCAGUCGGGUUCUGGAGAAGCAGACCAGUGAUCUCUACUGUGUGGUCCAGAAACGCAAUGAAUCCUUAAGGGAUUACCUCCACCGCUUCAACAAAGAGAGGUUUCAAUCCCCCGAUGUGACAUACCAACAGUCAUCGAGGCAUUCAGAAGAGGUUUGUAUGAAGAUUCAGAGCUGUACCACGAACUGACGAAAUACCCUUGUCGGUCCUUCGAAGAUGUCCAAGCAAAGACGUUAGCUUUCAUCCGUCUAGAAGAAGACCUACGAUCCCGUCAAAGACAAAUUGAGCACGAACAGGGCAUAGGAAAUCAGAAUCUCCCAGGAGGCAUGAUUACAAGCAUGGAAACCCAUAUUCGAGACCUGAGGAUCAAGUCGUCACGAGAUAGACCAGACGACAUGAUCGGAGUCGUCAGACGGGGGGCAUGUCGUUCGAUUCUAGGCGGGUUUUGAAAAGCUGCAAUACGGUACCCUUAAAAGUUGUUUCAUUUUUAGUUUAUUAUUUUCUUUUAUAGUUUUCAGUCCUAUGACGAGAUAGAUCAGACGACAUGAUCGAAAUCGUCGGACGGGGGGGGGGGGGGGGGGGGGCAUGUCGUCCAAAGACAGACAGCUUCUGAAGAGUUGUUUCAUUUUUAGUUUGGUAUUUUCUUUUACAUAUUGUUGUCACUCCUGUGACGGGCUAAACCCGACGACGUGACUGAAAUCAUCUGAGACGGGGGCAUGUCGUCCGAUGAUAAACCUGACGAGAUGAUUGAAAUCGCCUGACUUCAGACAAGUCCUGAUGACAAGUAUUUGUCUAGUUUUGUAUACAUACUUUUAAUUUAUUACUUUUGUUUACAUAUAAAUAUUCACUAACUUAAGCAUCGGAGGGCCGUUGGCCAAAACCCAACGGCCAGACUUUGACGACAUGAUUUCGUGCAGGAUAUCGACGCAAUAAGCACUUUGGCAACGAUUACUACAAACUCUGAACGUGCCAACAGAAGGCACUCACACAUACCCCCUACAACCUAAGAAGGGGUAGUAAGGUUAGCAUGGGCCAUUCAUAUUUGAAGUAUGAAAAACAAACCCAUGCGCCUUACACGUUUUGGCCAAAACGACAAAAGCACAAAACUACAGAAAUACACAACAGAAGCAUGUGCUCCAAGAGCACGACAACAUAAGCUCCAAAACAUAAGGAGACAACAAUACAAAAGACAUUGACAUAAAUUGUAUAUUCAUGCCGACGAUAUUACUAAAAUCAUAAACGAAACAGAAUUUAAAGUUUUUGCAAGGAUUUUGACUACGUUCAUGCAACCCGGCUCGCCAUCUCUAGCAAUGGACAUGUCGACAUCCCAGACAUGUUGACACCCUAGACAUGUCGAUGUCGACCUGGACGAAGUUUCAACGCGUCAACAUUUCCUAGUUAUGAUCAUUAGAAGAAAUUCGGAGGACGAUGAUAAGAGAUCAGCUUUUGUUCUUCAUGGCUUUAGUCAAAGAGACAUAUUAGAUCAGAAACUACUUGCACGGAAAUUAACGAAGUCGUCUCAUCAGACGAGUGACGAGUUGAAGGAAACAUGUCGUCAAGAAAGUGACGAGUUGACAAAAGCGUCUUGUUAUACGAAUGGCAGGUUGACAGCAUGUCUCAUCGGACAGAUGACGGGUUUAUAUGGGUAAUAUUCAACGAUGACAGAUAUAGACGUUUUCAAGAUUUCGAAAAGUUGAUGCUUAACGGGUUGACAUGUGCGCCAUACGCUUCAACUUCUCGAAAGGGGGCAAUUGUUGGGACGUGAAUAUUUAGUGGGCACAUUUGAUUGCCACGUAAUUUGUAUAUUUUUCAUGUAAGUAAGCACCGUGUAUUUAAGAGAUAAACUUAACAUUAAGGAUAAAGAUGAAGGAACAUGGAUGAGCUUUAAAGUAGGAAACAGGGGUGGCCACUUCAACUAAUUCCUUAUUCCACUCUAGAAGAAUAGCAAAUCAGUAUGGGAGCUUCACCUUUAGUCGUAUAUAUAUAGUUGUAAUAUCAUUGAAUAAAUGAGAGAGCACUAUUG